GAAAAUUCACUCUUGGCUCAGCAAUUGCUUCAGUCCACCGGCACAACUCGCGAUAAACCCGUCAUUUCCCAUUCCCUAAGAAAAAAAAAAUACCUCAAUAGAUAAAUAAUAAAUAAACCCGAGUGCUGUGAAAGUGUUCAAGUAUUAAAAAAGAGAAUUCCAACUGGUUCAUCUCCUUCAGACCUUCACUCGGAUUACCCAACACCCGUUCUGGGAGAUGAGGAGAAGAGGAGAGAAACGAAAUGAGACGUAAUCGUGAGUGAACGUGAUAUCCAUUUGCAUCUGUCAAGUCGAGGGAGUUUUCUCGAGUCAUGUCCAGACGACCCAGCGUCACCAUCUACGAUUAUCCAGAGGAUCUCAAUCCCUUCAGGGAUGAUAACGAGGAAGUGAGGAAAUUACCGGUGACUGCUACCCGAGAUGAGAAGAAAAAAUUCUGGACCUUCGGCAGGAACAAGAAAAAACGAUCUCACAGUUUCUCCAUUAAAUCCACGUGGAAUGGAAUCUUUGGAAAGAAGAAAGAGUCAUUCGAGAGAAGUCCAGAAAUAUCCACAGUGUCAUCGACGUAUCAACGCGCCAGUUACAAUGGCCAGCCGAUUUCACCCCCUCGACCCUCGAGGGAUGAACAAGAGUUCAAUGAAGCGUUCGGUACCCUCGCCAGGAGGCGAAAGUACACCCUCGAUAAUUCCUCCAGGUACAGUUCAAGUCUGACGAUGAACGGAGAUCCUGGGAGGAUUUACGAGGGCUGUCCCCAGGAGACGACUGUCUCCAUCAUGGGUGAUCUAACGCCAAAAGCACCAGCCAGAAGGUUUGGACAAGUGAGUCCCAAGCCAACGGAUAAAAUUCCUCCGUUGGAUUAUGGCCCCAAGAGAGAUGAUAGAGAGGACGAUGAAACCCCUAUUCCACCGAAGAGAGGAGGUGUGAGAGGAUCCCAAAGACUGGCAGUCUCUCAGGACCCGGAGGAGAGAGUGCAGAUGAGAAAUGGAAAUUAUACAGAUGAAAACGAGAACAUGCAAGACUUUGUCUUCAAGAGAUGCAGUAACGACGCAGUGAGGAGAUCGAAUUUGUCGAUCAACAGUUGUGUGUCAGUGGGGAGUGUCUACGCAUCGGGGAGGAAGAAGAGAAGAGCUCCAUUACCACCGGUGAAGAGGCCAGAGGUCCUUGAGGUUCCCCAGGAAAAUGCACCUCCAGAGACAUCUCCAGACCCUCAAGAGAUCGCCAGGGUAACCGAAGGCAUCGCGGAGAUGACGGAGAGGAGCAAAUGCCUGGAUCUUCCUGAGGAAGUCCCCAGUGAGGAGAAACUCCCGGUGUUGGAGUCCCCGCAGAGCCCCCAGGAGCAAGAGAUCAUGGAAAAAUCAACAGAAGAGACUCCAAAAACAGAAGUCGAAGUGGAAUUCACUCGAACCCCAUCGGAGCCCUUGGAGAUUCUCAAGGACGUGAUCCCAAACGAUGACGACGACGUUGUCUUCAGGACAGAGAGCCUCCACAGGAGUGACAGUUUCUGCGUGAAGGAUGAAAUCGAGAAAAUCGAGAAGCAGAUAAAACUUCUGGAAUCGUCGAAGCACAGAACAAGAACAACAUCAUUUACCUCAUCCCUCGAUGAAGAUCCUCUUCCCCAGCUGCAGAGAGGUGGCAGUAGGCGGAGCCUCCAGGAAACUCGCAGGAACUUCUUCAAGGAUUUGACGAAAAAUGAAAGUGACAACGUCAAGGUUGAGAUCGGAGAGCUCCCCAGGGAGAUGAAGGAAAUUAAAAUUGUACGACUGGCUGAUCCUCCAGUGGAGGUGCCCCAGGAAACCGUCAAGAUUAUUGAACUUCACAUUUCCGAACCAAUCCGAGAGAAACCUGAGUUCACGGAUCUCGAUGUCAAUCCCAUCCCCAAGCCCAGGAGACAUGCCAUGAAAAAUGACGAACCGUGAAAAUGAUCUCUGAAGGGAUUUUUUAUAAUUUUUCUAAACCCGAAUUCCCAAAUUAAAGGUUUUCUUUUAUCGUUUUUUUAGUUAUUCCUCAGAGAAUUUUGCUUUUACCUUUAUGGGAGUUGACAUUGAGUCGUUCGGUUCCUCUGGUUCUUUCCCCGAUGAAGAAGAUGAUCAAAUAUUUUAAUAUCUCAAGUGUUUUUCUACCUACUGUGAAUAAAACGACUGGUCUGAACCGUGAUAUUCAUCGAUUAUAUCGAAGACGUGCCACUUCAUUUGUUCCAUGAUUUCCUCGAUUUAUUUACGCUGGAAUUCGAUUACGUGGCCUCGUUGAGUAAUUCAGAGUAAUUACUCAUGUGAUUGGAGCUAUUUCAGGCGGCGAGUGGAUAUCGCUUCUGUGGCAUUUCUAUUUAUUAAUAUACGAGUUUAAUGAGAAUAUCAGAUAAAUAUAUUGAGGUACGUUAAAGAUAA